CUGUACUUUUAAGGCUGUCGCGGGUUGCUAUCCUCAAAGCAGGCAGGCAGCAGAAGCAGACGUGGUUGCUCGGUAUAUCUGCGCACAGCUUAUUGUGAUAAGUUUUAAGUUCCUGCUCGUAAUGGCGCCUGCUCUGCUAGCGGUGAGAUACGGCACGCUUGUCUCGCUGGCCGUGGUUUUGCUGGCUUUGUGGUAUAGGUCGCCAGUCGAAGACGUACUGGACGAGCGGCUCCAUAAAGUGCUAACGUCUCUAUUGAGAGCCGAGGGUAAAGUGGGCAUCGAUAACUUUGACAAACCCCGGGUGGCCAUAGGUUUUGGAGGUUGUGUGGACAUUGUUGUUGAUUCCAUCAAGCUGUUGAACAAGUUAGGCAUUAGGCCCAGUCUCAGUCCCAUUCAUCAUGACUACAUUCAGACUGAGGAGCAGCUGUCUCAAAGCUUUUCCUACUUUUUUCCACCUGGGGCAGCCUCAGAGAGGUAUGUUGCCAACAACACAUUAUUUAAUAAGCUUGUGGAUGCCUCAAAAACACUACCUGGAAAUCGAUGGGCUCUAGGGGGAAAUGCUGCCGUCAUGGCCAAACGUCUUGCAUUUGAAGGCUGUGACGUCCUUUUAGGAGGUCGGUUUAGUCAACAAAUUACGGACAUACUAUCUGAACAUGUAUUGGUGGCUGGCAAACCAGUGGAUGAUCCUGAUAUUCAUUUAAUAAUGGAGUAUCCUACUGGUGCUCAGUGGGGAGAAUAUAUCUCACGAAGAGCAAACAGGUAUAUUGUUCACAGUGAUAAACACAACCCUUUACUAGAUUCCAUGGAGGACUUUGAGAGUCAGCUUCAGGAUUUCAAACCAGAUCUGUUAGUUGUUGGUGGUCUCCAAAUGAUGGAUAACUUCCCAUUUCAAGAAGGUGUACGAGGCACUCGGCUCAAAAAGCUCAGUAACUUGCUACAGUCAGCUGAGAAUUCAACUGGAGUUCACUUUGAGAUGGCAUCCUUUGUGGAUGAAAGCUUAAUGAAUGAACUGCUGAGUCAAGUGAUGCCUUAUGCUGAUUCCCUAGGUAUGAAUGAACAAGAACUGCCCAACUUGCUGAGUCUGCUAAAGGGCAAAAACAUUACUGUACUCUCUGACCCAAACCCUCGUGUGGCCACUGUGCUUGAUCAGAUGAGGGAGCUCUAUCGUCUUGUGAAUUCUGAACGGAAGCUCCCAGGAAAAGGAAAGCCGCUUACUAGACUGCAUGUUCACACUCUAGCCUUUCAAGCAAUUAUUGUUACUUUGGGAUCAUCUUGGAAGAACACCAUGUCAGCCACAGCCAAAGCCUCUCUCACAGCUAAUCGACAUGUCUGUGGUUCACCUCAUAUCAACCCUACUAAGGCCAAGCUGAUCAUGGAUGAUUCAUUCUCUAUUAGCCGUCAGGAGGGCAGCCAGAGAAUCUCCUUUCAGGAAACUAGGCCUGUUUCCUGCUGGGAAGAAGCAGACUAUGAAAUAUGUGUUGCACCCGUGCUUGUAUGUACGGAUGUGUAUCAGACUGCAGGUGGUGGAGACAAUAUAUCAGCUGCUGGGUUAGUCCUCCAGAUUUAAUAUAAGGUGAUAAUUUAGUCAAUUAGUAAAUUAUUCAGUCAAUGAAAGGAAACCCCUUUUAUGUGAAGUUUUUUGAAUCCUCUUUUAUGACUUUUUGACAUUUAAUUUUUGAGAUUUGUGCAAUAUUGAAGAAUGAUUGAGCCACCCACAUGUCAAUACACCAGCCAAGUACACUUCUAAUUUUGGACUGUUUGUGAAAUUUCUGUAAAUACAAGCUCUUUGCAGGGCUAAAGCAUGUCUGAAGGGUGCAGUUAGUUCUGAAAUCAGUUAAUUUUUGGAGAUUUAUUAAUUUAAUACAUAACCACUUUUUCACUUUGAAUUGCUGAUUCAAUUGUGUAGACCUCUAUAUGAAGAACCAUGCUAUGCAAUAGGAAGUUUACCUACAUUCCUUGUUGCCUGUUUGUUUGUUUGUUUGUUUUUUUUUUUUAAUUCUCAACUAGAAAAUGUGAAGAAUAACUUGCUAUAGCACACACUUACCUCAGUUCUUUUAAAAGUUACAACUUUUCACGUAUAUUUAAAUAAAUUAUGUCUAAUGCUAGUAAUUUGCCCCAAGUAUUUUCCCUGUACCAUAUUUUUUAAUAAGAAUGUCACUCAUUUUCAGAAUUAAUAAAUGGUCAAAGUGAUGUGCAUAUUUAUGUACUUUGCAGGUUACAUUUACUUUUCUUUCUCUCUUACUUUCUUUAAACCAAAAUAUUUAUCUUAAAGUUUGAUAUGUUUACAACAAAUUAUUGUGCAGCAAAAUGGGAUGGAUGUUCUUUAUUAUGAAUACUGUGAAUCUAAAUUUUACAAAGUCUUUGGUUUUAAGAUAAAACUAAUUGUGUACAACAGCAAGAAUAUCGAGGUGGAAUAAUGAGGGGCACAAAUAUGUGUCGUAGUAAUGACACUGGUGAACACAUUGUAAAAUGCAAGCCCUUUCUCAAAUUUUUUUUAUAUAUACAUUUGUUGCUAUUUGGUACACUUUUUAUUAAUCCCCUGAGGGGAAAUUGUCUUUUCACGUGACCCUUACAGGAUAUAUUAAACCAAAAGAAAGUCACAAACUUGUACUAAUACUUGAUGGACACACCCUGGACUUGUGUGACCAUGGCUGGGGUGUAAUGGGUACAGAAGGUAUGUGGUUUGAUGCUUUAUAAUGAACUGCCAUGAAUAAAGAAUACUUGUCAGAUGGUAACAGAGGUUUUGGUUUAAAUGCAUAAUUAUCAUAAAAAAAACAUCACACAGUUGAUCCACAUCAGCUGUUAAAAUAGGGUAAUUUUUGUUUGUGCAGAGCUGCAAAAUAGAAUGUCAUGAACAUAAAAAAGAGUUAUGUUUAGAUUUUGUAUUGUUUGGUUGAUAAUAAAUAUACAAUUUUACCAUUA